GAGAAGAGGGCCCCCCGGAAAUUCCUGCAUUGACUCUUUCUGAUUUGUGAUUUUAUUCGCAGAAACAGAGAAAAUUUUCACACAUCUCUGUCCUAAACCCCUGUCCUUCUCUAUAUUUGUUCUUUCUUCCCUCCUUCCCUCCGUCCUUGCCAUUGUUGUUCCUCUUUUGUGAUCUCUUCCAGCUCCGCUUCACACUCCGGGAAUGGCUUCUUGUUCUUGAUUUGUGUCUAAGAUGGACGAGACUCCUGAUUCCAGAUUGUUUCGUAGUUUCAGCUGCUAAUUGUGCGGAUUUAUUUAUUUAUUUCGAAGGAAUCAAGGGCUUAUAAUAGGAGUUUUCAGAUGAGAAGGCACCAAUAAUAUGGACACUGAAUGCUGAAUUUGGCGUUGACCGCUGCCGGCUUUUGGCCAUUUAUAAUAUUUGGGAUUGAAACUUAAGAGAUGGCUAGAGGUAGGAUAAGGGCAAGGCUGCGAAGGAGCCAUCUCUAUACAUUUUCAUGUGUUAGGCCGAGUACAGUUGAGACUGCAGAGCCACAUUCAAUCAAUGGCCCUGGGUACUCACGAAUUGUCCAUUGCAACCAGUCUCAUAUGCACCAGAGAAAGCCUUUGAAGUAUCGCUCUAACUAUAUAUCCACCACCAAGUAUAAUGUCAUCACAUUCUUGCCAAAGGCUCUCUUUGAGCAAUUUCGACGGGUUGCAAAUUUGUAUUUCCUAUUAGCUGCGAUACUUUCAGUUACUCCUGUCUCGCCUUUCAAUUAUGUCACCAUGGUCGCUCCUCUAGCGUUUGUUGUAGGCCUUAGCAUGGCAAAGGAAGCUUUGGAAGAUUGGCGUAGGUUUAUGCAGGAUGUUAAAAUUAAUGCUCAGAAGGUUUUUAUUCAUAGAGGAGAUGGUGUCUUUGGUUAUAAGCCAUGGAAGCAUAUUCGGGUCGGUGAUGUGGUAAAAGUGGAAAAGGAUCAAUUUUUUCCAGCAGACUUGCUUCUUUUGUCGUCAAGUUAUGAGGAUGGGAUCUGCUAUGUGGAGACGAUGAACUUGGAUGGGGAAACAAAUUUGAAGGUAAAAAGAUCUUUGGAGGUUACCUUACCUUUGGAUGAGGAUGAGUCUUUCAAGGAUUUCAUGGGGAAAAUAACAUGUGAGGAUCCAAACCCAAGCCUCUAUACUUUCAUUGGGAAUUUUGAGUACGAUCGUCAGGUUUAUCCUCUUGAUCCUAGUCAAAUCCUCCUAAGAGAUUCCAAACUCAGGAAUACUGCUUUUGUGUAUGGGGUGGUAAUAUUCACUGGCCAUGAUAGCAAAGUCAUGCAAAAUUCUACAAACUCACCUUCAAAACGUAGCAGGAUAGAAAGAAAAAUGGAUUACAUCAUUUAUGUCCUUUUCACCCUCCUCCUGUUUAUUUCAGUGAUCAGUUCUAUAGGCUAUACUGCAAAGAUAAAAUUCGAUGCACCAGAUUGGUGGUACUUACAACCUCAGGAUACUGACUAUACAUUUAAUCCCCAAAAGCCUGCCUUGUCCGGACUUGCACAUCUGGUCACUGCUCUCAUCCUUUAUGGGUAUCUUAUACCUAUCUCACUCUAUGUCUCAAUUGAGGUCGUAAAAGUUCUGCAGGCCACUUUUAUAAACCAAGACAUACAUAUGUAUGAUGAGGAGACUGGGACUCCUGCUGAAGCACGGACUUCAAACUUGAAUGAGGAGUUGGGCCAAGUUGAUACAAUCUUAUCUGACAAAACUGGCACUCUGACUUGCAAUCAGAUGGACUUUUUGAAGUGCUCCAUUGCUGGUACUCAGUAUGGCACGCGUUCCAGUGAAGUUGAACGCGCGGCAGCAAAACAGAUGGCUAUGGAAGAGCAUGAUCCUGAAGUAUCCAAUGUCACCAGGAACAGAGGAGACCGAAAAGAUUUGAGGGAAAAUAAUGGAUUAUCAGAAAUUGAGUUGGAGACUGUCAUCACUUCUAAGGAUGAAAAGGAUUGGAAAAUGGCCAUAAAAGGCUUUAGUUUUGAAGACAGCCGUGUUAUGGAUGGAAAUUGGUUGAAGGAGCCCAAUGUGGAUGUACUUAAAUUAUUUUUUUGGAUAUUAGCACUUUGUCACACUGCAAUUCCUGAGCUGAAUGAAGCAAAUGGCUGCUUAACUUAUGAAGCAGAGUCACCCGAUGAAGGCGCUUUUCUUGUUGCAGCAAGAGAAUUCGGUUUUGAGUUUUUCAAAAGAACUCAAUCAAGUGUUUUUAUUCGUGAAAAGUAUGCUCAUUCAGGAAAGCCUGUUGAAAGAGAGUUCAAAAUUUUAAAUUUAUUGGAUUUUACCAGCAAAAGAAAGCGAAUGUCUGUAAUUGUGCAGGAUGAGGGUGGGCAGAUUCUUCUUCUGUGCAAAGGCGCUGACAGCAUCAUUUUUGAUCGGCUCUCUAAGAACAAAAGAAUUUACGAGGAGGCUACUACAAGGCAUCUGAAUGAAUAUGGAGAAGCUGGGUUGCGUACAUUAGUCCUAGCUUACCGAGAGCUUGAUGAGACUGAAUAUACUGCUUGGAACAAUGAGUUCCAUAAAGCAAAAACUUCAAUUGGGGCUGAUCGAGAGGCAAUGCUCGAGCAUGUAUCAGAUAUGAUGGAAAGGGAUUUGAUUCUUGUCGGUGCUACUGCUGUUGAGGACAAAUUACAAAAAGGGGUACCCCAGUGCAUAGAUAAACUUGCACAAGCUGGUCUCAAGAUUUGGGUUUUGACAGGGGAUAAGAUGGAAACUGCAAUCAACAUAGGAUUCUCUUGUAGUCUGCUUCGACAAGGCAUGAAGCAGAUUUGCAUAACAGCAAUGAAUUCAGACUCUAAAGAGGCUGUAAAAGAGAACAUUUUGCUGCAAAUCUCCAAUGAAUUGCAAAUGAUCUAUCAAGAAAAGGAUCCACAUGCUGCAUUUGCAUUAAUUAUUGAUGGCAAAACCCUAACAUAUACUUUGGAGGAUGAUGUGAAGCAUCAGUUUUUGCGAUUAGCGGUUAAAUGUGCAUCUGUCAUAUGCUGUCGUGUCUCUCCCAAGCAGAAGGCACUGGUUACAAGGCUGGUAAAAGAAGGAACUGGGAAGACCACAUUAGCGGUUGGUGAUGGAGCAAAUGAUGUUGGAAUGAUUCAAGAAGCUGACAUUGGUGUUGGAAUCAGUGGGGUCGAGGGUAUGCAGGCUGUGAUGGCUAGUGACUUUGCUAUCGCUCAGUUUCGAUUUCUGGAAAGAUUACUGGUGGUUCAUGGACACUGGUGCUACAAGAGAAUCGCCCAGAUGAUUUGCUAUUUCUUUUACAAAAAUAUAGCAUUUGGUCUUACUCUGUUCUACUUCGAGGCAUUCACGGGCUUCUCUGGGCAAUCAGUUUAUGAUGACUGGUACAUGCUAUUGUUUAAUGUUGUUCUUACCUCAUUGCCGGUCAUCUCACUUGGAGUUUUUGAGCAAGAUGUUUCUUCUGAGGUCUGCUUACAGUUCCCUGCACUAUAUCAACAAGGGCCUAGAAAUUUGUUUUUUGACUGGUAUAGGAUACUUGGGUGGAUGGUCAAUGGUCUCUAUACCUCCCUCGUCAUUUUCUUCCUCAAUAUUAUCAUCUUCUAUAAUCAUUCCUUCCGAGCCGGAGGCCAAACUGCUGAUAUGGCUGUGGUGGGUGCUACUAUGUUCACUUGCAUCAUCUCUACAGUCAACUGCCAGAUUGCACUUACAAUGAGCCACUUCACUUGGAUCCAGCAUGUCUUUAUAUGGGGAAGCAUUGCGUCAUGGUACUUGUUUCUGGCACUCUAUGGGGUUAUCGCUACUGGGUAUGCCUACAAAAUCCUUGUUGAAGUUCUGGCUCCAGCACCUGUCUAUUGGAUAACCACACUCUUGGUAACAGUUGCUUGCAAUAUCCCAUAUCUGGCCCAUAUAUCCUACCAGAGAUGUUUGAAUCCAUUGGAUCAUCAUAUCAUCCAAGAAAUUAAGUACUGCAGGAAGGACGUUGAGGAUUACCGUAUGUGGACUCGGGAGUCGUCCAAGGCACGACAAGAAACCAAGAUUGGGUUAACAGCUAGGGUGGACGCGAAGAUCAGACAGUUGAGAGGGAGACUGCAGAAGAUGCAGUCAAGCAUAGUUGUCCAAAAGUGCUCGUCCCGAGUCCUAACGAAGUAGUAGUUGUCCAUUGUUUCCACUUUCCAGUUUCAUAGGGUUUUUGGGCCAGUUUGCAAUUUUAUACCAUGGCCCUUCUUUUAUGAUUCAUUUCUUAGUCUCUACUUAUUUUGUAAGGGAGAUUUGGCUGAGAAGUUGGAAUCAUCACACACAAAGCAUUAGGGGUGUUGUAUGUAUGUACACUAUACAUGAGAUUCGAGAGUUACAGAUUGUAAGAGUUAGUCAAUAUAUACACAUGCAUCAUUCCUAACAUGGUAAAGUUUUCUUUUC